AUGUAUAUACACAGGGUGACAAUUUGUGUGUUUUUUUUUGUUUGUUUUUUAUGUUGUAGGGAUAAAGAGGAGCAGCUGGUUCGUCUUCGGGACAGUCAGAGGCUUCAGGCCCAGCAGGCUGAGAGUGCACUGGAGAACUUUAAGAAGCAGGUGGAGCUCAGCUCAGAGAAGACCUACACUGACAUGAAGCAACAGAUGGAGAAAGUAGAGGCCGAUCUGAUUCGCUCUAAAUCUCUACGAGAGAAGCAGUCUAAAGAGUUCAGUUACCAGUUGGAGGAGCUGCAGCGAAGAUACGAGCAGCAGAUUGUGGAACUGAAACUGCAGCAUGAACAGGAGCGGACGCAUCUACUCCAGACACACAAUGCUGAGAAGGACAGCCUGGUCCAGGACCACCAGCAGGAAAUCGAUAGUUUGGACAAGCAGGCGAGGGCCGCCAUGGUCCAGCAGCAAACGCAAACCCUGGAGUGGAGGAAGCGCGAUGCUCAGACCAUCUCUGAUCUGGAGGUCCAGGUGCAUUCUCUGAGGAAGGAGCUGUUGGCAGCCCACAGUCAGAGGAAACAGCUGCUGACGGAGUUGGGUGUGUUGCAGGAGGAGGAGCGACAGCGGGCCUCUCGGGACCAGCAAGCAGCUCUAGACCGUCUGCGGGCCGAGAUGGAUCAGGUGCGGCAGGACCUGGAAAGAACCCACAAGGCUGAAAGAGAGCUGGCCCAAGAGAAGACCAACAGCAGGUUGAAGCAUCUUGAGAAGGAAUAUAAUCAGAAGCUGGCCAAGUCUGCACAGGUGAUAGCUGAGCUGCAGAUGUCUCUGAGCAGCGUCAAGGAAGACGGCCGGCAGACGCAGGAGAGUCUAGAAAGACAACUGCAGGAAGCACAGGGCCGUUGGGAUGAGGAGAGGAGACAGAUCAACAGAGAUGCUGACCAAUCCAACAAGGUUCUUCAAGAACGUGUGCAGGCUCUGCAGAGACAGCUGCAUGCCGUUGAGAAGAAGUUGAUGAGCCGCGAGCUGGAAUACCAGGAGCAGAUCACACACGUCCGUCAGGAGUGUGAGUCGAAGAUCAAAGGCCUGAUUCCCGCAGAGCUGCAGCAGGAGCUGGAGGACACCAUCACCUCGCUGAAGUCACAGGUCAGCUUCCUGCAGAAGAGAGCGUCAGUCUUACAGGAGCAGCUAGAUGCUAGUCACAUCAGGAGGUAGUGGAUGAUAUCAGGCCAUUCAUUUAUGUCCUCAUGCAGACUUGUAAAGCAAGCCCUUCCUGAUACACACACGACCAUCCUCAUCCUCACUCACCGCUGUUUUCAUGCUGCACUCGUCUGAUGUGCCACUUUUUUAAGCCAUAUUUAUGUACCAAGUCAUUGUAUUUAUUUUGUUUUGGUUGUUGUUGGAUUCGUUGUUAAUUAUAAUGUUCGUCUGUG